AGGAGCAGCAUGUAUAGCCAUUCAAGUAUUUCAUUAAUAUCCUCUUUAUUAUUAAAUUGCAAAAUUUAAAAAGUAGUAAAUAAAAUUUUCAUUGGAAAAGUUAAAAAUCAGAUUAACAAUUGUCAAAAAUGGUGAAACUUACGUUAUGAUGAUGUCCAAAAUCCGUUACCUACAGGACAACAAUGUCCAAAAUCUGUUACCUACAGACUGCUGAUUUAAUUUGCUAAUUAACAAUUUUUACAAAUACCUGCUGUCUUUUCAUGUUCAUAUAUUGUGUUCUAGGUAUGCAUACUAUAGAAUAAAAUCAAAAUUGAUGUCAAAUUCGAAAAUUUUUGAAAUUGCUCAAAGUUAACUUUUUUGUUCCCACCUUUUGAGAACUGCCCCUUACAGGAAAGCUCUUUUUGUGUUAGUUUAAAUUCAGUAGUUGUGUUUUGAAGUAAAAACAUUAGAAAAGGCCAUUUCUUCAAACUUGAACGUUAAUUAAAAGUUAAAUCCAACAUGGUGUGUAUCUGUAACGUGCCAUUGUCAUAUGAUGUAUUGUUUUAGACUGAGUGUGAGGAUUUAUACCAUAAAAAGGAACUUAGAUCCGUUAACAGAAACAUAUGGUCUUUCCUUUUAUCUCCAGUACUUAGCUCACUGGCCAGAAUAUUUUCAAGUUGCUGAAGCUCCAAAUGGUGACAUUAUGGGAUACAUUAUGGGAAAAGCGGAAGGCCAUGGAGAAAACUGGCAUGGACAUGUUACAGCAUUAACCGUUGCACCUGAAUAUCGUCGACUAGGUUUAGCUGCAACAUUAAUGGCAGGACUUGAAGAUAUAUCAGAAAAAAAAAGAGCCUAUUUUGUUGACCUUUUUGUUAGAGUUUCAAACAGAGUUGCUGUUGACAUGUACAAGCAACUUGGAUACAGUGUGUAUAGACGUGUACUUGAAUAUUAUUCUGGAGACCCAGAUGAAGAUGCUUUUGAUAUGAGGAAAGCUUUAUCAAGGGAUGUAAAUAAAAAGUCUGUGAUCCCACUUAUUCAUCCAGUUAGACCAGAAGACAUAGAAUAGCAAUAUAACCCAAACAGAAAGCAAAUGUAAAAGAGGUUUGGAAGGAAUCUCAAUAUAGAGAAGCAGAAAUCCACAAAAUUAAAAAAAUUGUGGACAUUUUUUUUGCUGUUCUAUACCUUGAAACAAUUACAGUAUAACCUCAAUUUAACAAUUGCCAAGGGACUGGAAAAAGUUAUCGUUAAAUCAAGGACCAUAUACAUUCAAUGCAGUUAAAUUCAGGCCAGUGAAAUGUAUCAUUAGAGGGAAUUGUGUAUCGUUGAACUGAAGUUAUGCUGUAUUCUUAUUUCCUAGCUGAACUUUAAAAUGCAUUUAGUUUCAUUAAAGUAUCGAUAAGUUGUUAGUACUUUUGAUGUAUAUACACAGCAGAAUCUUAUUAUUGCAUAUUAAUUAAAAUUGGAAAGAAUUUGAUUUCAAAAGUAAUAAAUUUUGAUUUACUAAUAGGAAAAUUCUACUUUUAAUGGUGAAAUAUAUGCAAAUAUGAAACUUAAUACUAAUUAAAAAGAAAACUAUUAAAUACUUAAUACUAGUAUAAAAUGAAAGCUUGUCAGCACUUCAAUGAAACAAACUUUUAACCUUUCUGUUCAUCAACUUUACUAUAAGAAAUACAACCAUUUCAUGUUUUUCUAGUACUUAUGUUGAAAAUUCUACAUGAACUUUUAAAUUGCUGUGCUGUUUCCACCUGAUUCUAAAUUGCCUUUUAUCUGUUGUUAACCACAAUUUUGAUUGUUAUUAAUAAGUCCAUGUGAUCCAAAAAAUCUGCAUUAAUGAAGUUCUGCUGCGAAUGCAAACAAAAUGAUGUGAGACAAUCUGUGCAUUUACUGUAAUUUUGUAUGAAUAAAUUUUUAUUAAAUAAAAUUUAUU